AUGGGCCCCGGUCCCGGCGGCGGAGGUCCUCGCCGCGGCGGUCGACCUCAGCAUUACGUUGCCGCCCAUCAUUACCAUCAGCAGCAGCAGCAGCAGCAGCAGCAGCAGCAGCACGUCAACCAGCAGCAGCCAAUGUAUCCCGCCGGCUACAUGGGUCCGUAUGCGGGCGCUCCAUACUACACGCCGCCGCACUAUCAGAACGGCGCCAUGCCCGCCGCGUACAUGCAGGCCCCCUACCCGCCGGCCGCCUACAACCGUUCACCGCCCCCGAUGCAGCACUACGUCCCGCUGGUGCCACAGACGUAUGCGCGUCCUCCACAGCAGUCCCCGGUCGUGUCGGCUCCAUACCAGGCGCCCACUCCGCCCGUUGCUGCCGUACUGGUGCCUCCUCCCCUGACGCCCUCAUCUACCCAUUCGCUUGCUGCUCCUCCCCUUUCUCAUCCUCUCCCACAUCCUGUUGUUGCCGCCGCGCCUCCCAUGACUCCUCCUGUGCAGCAAUACCAACAGAGUGUUCCAGUCCACGUAGAACAACCUGCCGCACCGCAGCCACAACCACAGCACCAGGCACUGACACAACCACCGCUGCCAGCAACACUGCCUCGGCAGCAACCCGAGCCCCAGGUCAAGCUAUCUCCGUCCGUGUCUCCACUAAGAGAGCCCUACAGACCUCCGCUUCCCUGGCUGUCAUGUCCUGGCGUCCCUUUCCCAUCCCGCGCCGCGAGGUCAAAGAGACCCAGAAGGAUGUUGGAUGCCGAUGCCGAGCGGGUGGAACUCCCCCAUACCCAACACGGAUCCUCUCCCGAUAUAUCCUCCGAGACCACCCAGAGCACCGCCACCCAGGUCGAGAAGGUCGAAGAUCAAGCUUCCGUCACCACCCCCAGAGCGACUUCUAGCACCCCCACUCCCAAUAAUCCGAACCGACCGGAGACACCUUCCACUCCAGCACAGCCCUCCGAGGAUGCAACGUCGACCUCGCCUACUACUCCAAGCUCGGUGAACCAGCCUCAGCAGUCGAUCAUCGUAGCAGUCACUCCUAGCAAGCCGGCAAAGUCCGCCACGCGCUCGGCUGUUCCGGUCCCUGCUCUUCCCGUUAUCCCUGCUCUGCCCAAAGCCAGCCCCAAGGACUCGAAGUUUCCGAGCAGCGCUGAGAAGACCCCUGGCGAUGCCAAGCCUGCCGCUGUAGCUACUGCGUCUUCCGAUGAGCAAGUUGCGUCUUUCGAGAAGCCCGACGGAGAGGUUGCUGAGGCUGGGGAGCAGUCUUCUGACGCGGUACAGUCUGCUGCCGCACCGGCCAAGCCAAAGCUGUGGACGAAUCUUUUUGCCAAGGCUGCUUCAACUGCUGCCGCGACGACUGCGUCUGCUGCUGUCCAGGCCAAUACCAACGGCAAUGUGGCUGCAGAUGGCUCGACCGCUGCUUCUGGGGCCGUUGCCGGUUUUUCAAUGUUAAAUGUGAACUCGGUUGCGGAAGCUCUUCAAGAAUUCCGCGUUGGUGGCGCGGAGAAGCUGGCGUUUCUCGAACCCCGGGGACUGGUUAACACGGGGAACAUGUGUUAUAUGAAUUCGGUCUUGCAAGUUCUUAUUUUUUGCGUUCCUUUCUUUGACUUCUUGGAUCAAGUGAGCAAGAGGGCCGUUCACAGCUUCAAGAACGAGACUCCGCUCCUCGAUUCCAUGAUUAUGUUUAUGCGUGAAUUCAAAGUGAUUGACUCAGCUGUAUCGGUCGAGCAACUGAGACGGCGCCUCAAGAACGAGGAGCUGGAAGAAUACGGUGAACAGUUUACGCCAGAGUUCGUGUACGAUGCUAUUCGAAACCUGCCGCGGUUUUCAAGCAUGAGACGCGGCCAUCAACAGGAUGCUGAGGAGUUCCUUGGCUUUCUUCUCGAGGGUCUCCACGACGAGUGCGCCCAGGUGAUCCGUGCCGCCCCUAAUUCGUCUGCCUCCACGGCUCCGAAUUCGUCUCUGCCGUCUCCCUCGACGUCGUCGAGAGCGAACGACACGGCCGAGGGCGGCGAUGACUGGCUAGAGGUUGGACCCCGGCAGCGGGCAGCCGUGACCCGUUCUUCUGGAUACUCACAUACGUUGUCACCAAUCACAAAGAUCUUUGGCGGACAGUUGCGCUCUGAACUGCGUGUUCCGGGCCUGAAGAACUCGGUCACUCUCGAGCCGUAUCAGCCUCUCCAGCUCGACAUUGGCUCGCCCGAGAUCCGAAAUAUCGUGGACGCGUUAAAGGGCCUGACGCGGCCCGAGACGAUUCACGGAGACUUCAACUCGCCUCAUGGCAAGGAUGCGCGGGCAACGAAGCAGAUCUUCAUCGAAUCCCUCCCCCCCGUCCUCAUUCUCCACCUCAAGCGCUUCCAGUUCGAUGCCGAAGGCCAAGGUGGCACAGUCAAAAUCUGGAAGAAGGUUGGUUAUCCGCUGGAGCUUGAGAUCCCCCGCGAGAUCUUGGCUCGGCAGAAGCGCAACACCAUUCUCGGCGAGAAUGGUCUGCCCAAAUACCAGCUCACAGCGGUCGUCUAUCACCACGGAAAGAAUGCUAGCGGUGGCCAUUACACGGUUGAUGUCCGCCGCCAGGACGGCCGUGAGUGGAUCCGCAUCGAUGACACUGUUAUUACGAGGGUUCGGAGCGAAGACGUCGCGGAGGGCGGCGCUGAAGAGGACGCGGUAAAGGCGAGCUCGAGCGAGGGCCGGAGAGAGGCCAGCAACACUGCGGCCGCUAAUAGAUUCGUCGGUAUCAACGACGAAGAGACUGGCGACGAGGAGGGCUGGAAGCAAGCAUCGGCCAGUGGAAAGAAGUGGAGCAGCGUUGUCAACGGCGCGACACCGCCCCCCACCCACGGGUCAAAGGCCAAGAAGCACAAGGACAGCAUCAAGGACAACAAGGUGGCAUACCUUUUGUUCUACCAGCGGAUUUGA